AUGGACGUUGGUCCGUCAAUGAGAGAAAUACCGCCCGGACGGUCAUCCGCAUUAAGUCUGUGUCAGCAGUGCGUCAGCUGGAUUGUGCAACGCAGAAUUUUCACUGAAUCUAAAGAUGAGAUUGCUGUAGUACUUUUCGGAACGAUCGAAACUGAAAAUCCACUGGCCAGUAAUACCGAAACUGAAUAUCAGCAUAUAUCAUUGGUGCGUAAUCUACUUAUGGCCGACUGGAAUUUAGUGAAGUACAUCGAUGAAGGUAUUCCAUCUGAAUGUCAAGAAGCGAACCUUGCUGACGCACUGAUGGUCGCCAUGCAUGUGCUGGUGUCCGGCACGCGGGGUAGGUCGUUUGCGCAGAAAUCCAUAGUUCUUUUCACGGACUUUGGUACCGUCCUUAACGAUGACCAGUACCAGACGAUCAUUCAAGACAUCAAAGAGCUUCAGCUGGAAAUUGUACUAAUUGACUGUAUCCAGCUCAGUGGCAUGCCUGUACAAGUGGAGAAUUUUACAGUGUUCGAACGAGAUCGCUGUGAGGAGGACAAUGUUAAGCUAAGACGUCAACAUACUGCUGCCGACAUAUGUAAGAAAUUGGUUUCGGCUGCCGAUGGCACUUGUUGCUCAAUUAGAUAUGGUUAUCAUUACCAUUAUUGUCAUCAUUUCUCGAUCGUGUACAACCUUGGGCAGCAGUUCUUAAUCAUCAAAUCCAUAAGUAUCCAGGAGACCGAAGGCAAACAGAUCAAGCCGCACUACUAUUCAGGCGACGGCUCGUAUCUGGUAUUUGCAAACUCAUCGAAUAAGGCUGGCUGUGCUGCGUUUUCCGCCUUUGCGCACGCCAUGCAGCAAACUGGAAAAGUCGCGAUUGUCAGGUACUGCUACAGUGUGCGAUCCUCGCCACGAAUCGGCGUUCUCAUUCCGUUGAUCAAACGUGGCUACACCAGUUUCGUUUAUCUCAGUCUCCCGUUUGCAGAAGAAAUCGCUACUUUCGCAUUGCCAUCACUUAUACAGAAUGACCGAAUUAAGCCUAGUGAUGAGCAGUUGGAUGCCGUGGAUCGUUUGAUCGAUGCUCUGGAUUUGACAAACGUUUCGCCGGAAGGAGAAAAGGAGUUGUACAGAUCGAAAGACAUCCUGAAUCCAUCGAUUCAGUUUUUAUUUAGAGUACGUGCUUAAUA